CGACACCAUGCUGCUGUGACGGCCGCGCGACGCAACUCCCGCGCCGCCCACUGCAGCCCGCUCGCCGCCCGCGUCCCACGACUCCUCUCACCCUCCUCGCCCACCAGCUGAAGAUGGAAUGCUUGCUGCUCUCUUCCUUCCUUCCAUCUCGCUUCUCUCUGUCUCUUUGGCUCUCUUCCUUGCUGUCGAGCGCAGAUUGGGGCGCUGUCAUGGACCUGAGACCGGGACUUCCCCACGGGUAACUCUCUCGCAGCAGCUGUUUUUUCCGUCUGAUCUCACCUACCGUUGCCAGGACAACGCGGGAACACGGCCUCUCAUAGGGCUUUCCUGCUGUGCUCCCCGUUUCCCUCCUAACUCAUUCGUAUUUAGAUCCUGUGAACCCUAUGAAGAUGGUAGAUCUCCAAUGACUCCUGCGAACGCGAGCUGCUUGGUCCGAGCGAGCGUCAGGCGAGCGUGUGGUAAUGCCGAGUAAUGGCCUGGUGAUGCCAGGUACCUGUGUCCAAACCCUGGGACUACAAAGUGUGCGUGACGAGGGAGAGCCCACGCGCGGGCGACACACACGGCCCUCGGGACUCUCCGCUGUAACCUCUCACCCUCAUCAUGGCUGUGGAACGCGGGCGCGGCUCCCGACACUCGCACCAGCUCCCGCCCCAUUACAUCAAGCCCUUCGGGGAGAAAGUGAAGGACUGCUGCCGCUCCACCAUCGCCUUCAUCUUCAGUAAUGUGGGCGUGUGUGGGCUUAUGGUCGGCUACACUAUCAUGGGCGCCUUCGUGUUCCAGUACAUUGAGGCGCCCCACGAGACCACGACCAUGCGGAGCGUGGACCGCAUCCGCAACCAAACCAUCCAGCAGCUCUGGAACAUCACGGUGGAGUACAACGUCCUCUACAAGAACAACUGGACGGACAGCGUCCAGCUGGUGGUGAACCACUACCAGAAGGAGAUCAUCGCCGCAGUGGGGGACGGCUGGGACGGUGCCGACACGUCCAACGGGCCGUCGCAGUGGUCCAUCGAGGGAGGCUUCCUCUACUCCCUCACCGUCAUCACUACCAUAGGUACUGUUGCUUCCUUUGUCUCGGGUUGGAGCUGGCGCUCCUUAGGGCUAGCAUGCCAGCCUUAA